GCAACAUCACCAUUUUCAAUUAACACCACAACAUUCCAGCAAUGGCAAUUCUAAGCUACAUAUCGGUGAUCUCAUCAGCUACACCCAUCUCUCCAGACUCUUUACCGCCAUCAGUGCCAAACCCAAGACCAACCAAGAUCAUCUUGCCGAAGGAUAAGCCUUUGAAAUGGUCGACAGGGAUGGCACCAGGGGAGUAUGGAGGCCCUCCUACGACUACCAAGCUGCGCAAGUACUGGGGAGGUGAAAAAGAGGACCCGAUAACCUCUGACGAAUUUAUUUGGAACAAUGAUUUCAUGGACAGGAUGAAGAGACUGAUCCAAGACCCUGAGGAUUCCCCUGAACCCGCUUCGGUUAAGGAAGAGUCUUCAGGAUUUCUGAGCUUGAAUAGAGUUAUGAGCCUCGGCAGUCUAGAAAUUGAUUUGAGCAAAGAGCUUAUGGCAUCCCCCAAGCCUCUGCUAGAACAACCAGCUGAUGAUGCAAGUCAGAGCAGAACAAGCUCAUCAACAAAAUGGAAAUUUGUACCUACACGACGUGAACAAGAUAAGUGGGAUAAAGCAACUAAGGCUGCUACUGGGGGCAGUGAUGUGAUGUUUCGGGAAAUUAGGCAGCCUAGAGGAGACCCUGAAGUGUUGGCUGCUCAAUCAAGGGCGCAAUAUUUUAAGUUAAAGAAUAAGUUGCACAUGCUCACUCUGGGGAUAGGUGGUGUAGGAUUAGUCUCAGCUUAUGUCUCUUACUCUCCUGAAGUUGCAGCUAGCUUUGGUGUGGGGUUGCUUGGAUCUUUAGCAUAUAUGCGUAUGCUGGGAAACAGUGUGGAUUCCAUGGCAGAUGGAGCCAAGGGGCUCGUCAAGGGAGCAGCUGCACAACCAAGACUACUUGUUCCAGUUGCCUUGGUCAUGGUCUUUAACCGGUGGAAUGGUUUUUACUUGCUAGGUUAUGUAUAUAAAUCCCUCGCAAAUCUGGUUUGCUUCCCUGCCCGGUUUCAUGUUACAAUGCUGUCAAUAUAUUUGCACCCCUUUAUAUAAUGAAGACCAAAGUUCUCGUUGGGCCUCCUUGGUCUGAACAUUUUGGACAUGUGAUUUGAAUUUUUUUUCCUGAAUUGACAAAUAUUGACGAGCAGGUCAUAUAUAUAUUCAUUCUUUUACCGUCAAUGAGCAUGUCCAAGUCACUGCUUGGACUUUCUCGUCCCACACAUAUGCUUUAAAGUAACAGCGGGAACAAGUUAAGGUCUUGUUUUGCAUAAAUUUGAUUAUCCAUUCUGGUGUCAUAUAUUUCAGAAUAUUCCACAAUGUUUUUUGCACUAUCCCAGAGUAUUUUACUGUACCGAUGAUAAUUUGUAAUCUUAAGCAAAUUGGUGUAUAACUAAAGUUGCUAUGGGUUAUUAAUUUACAUUAUUAUAAAAAUAUUGUCAAUUUUAGCUGCAGUUCCUCUCCCUAGUUUC